AAAAGGAGGGGGGCGUGGAGGGGGAAGAACGGCAGAAUCGGAGAAGAGACCACGGCGACCGCGACGGUGACGGAGGAAGUGGCGGAUGGAUGAGGCGGCGGUGCUGAGACAGGUCGUCCGGCAGAUCCAGGAGCACUGCCAACUUAGCGCCUCGCCCAGUCUUGACCGACCUCAUCAAAUCAAUCCCAGGUUGUAUGUAUUAGAGUUUAAUAACUCACUGGAAUAUGAUUUCUGUGGUCUUUUAAUGAAGGAUAAGUCUGGCACAAAGAUGGUCGAAGUUCUUGAGCCUCCACCUUGCAAGAGACAGAGAAGAGGUAACCCUGCAAAAGCAAUUUCAUCGAUUUCAAGUGACAUAAUGGACCAGCAAAUCUGGAAAAAUUUUCCGGAAGAUCUUUUUGAAGCUGUCAUUGCAAGACUCCCUACAGAAUCCUUCUUCAAGUUCCGGACUGUAUGCAGAAAAUGGAACUCUUUAUUGUCCUCUAGAAGCUUCUCCCAUCAGAUUGCAGAAGUUCCACAGUUACAUCCUUGGUUCUACGCUGUUACUCAUGAAAACAUAGCCAAAGGAGUCAUGUACAAUCCCGCCCGGAGGAAGUGGCAUCAUAUCUCCAUUCCGUUUCUCCCUGCAAAGAUAGUAUAUCUUCCUGUAGCCUCAGCUGGUGGUCUCAUCUGCUUCUUAGAUUUAGCACACAAAAACUUUUACGUUAGUAAUCCUCUGACGAGCUCAUUUAAGGAACUUCCACCAAGAUCUUACCGAGUGUGGUCCCGUGUGGCUGUUGGGAUGAUACUAAAUGGGAAGACUGCCGGCAAUGGAUACAAAAUAAUGUGGCUAGGAUGCAAUGGGGAUCACGAGAUCUAUGACUCCGUUCACAACAGUUGGACACAUUGUGCUGAUUUUCCUCCAAGCAUCAAGCUUCCAUUCUCUUUGAAUUUUAGGUCACAAACUGUAUCUACUUGCAGUACCAUCUACUUCAUGCACACCGAACCCAAUGGCAUCUUGGCGUAUGAUGUGGCAAUUGGUGUUUGGAAGCAGUACCUCAUCCCUUCCCCACCACAUCUUACGGACCACACACUAGCAGAGCACGAGGGGCAGAUUUUGCUAGUGGGGUUGGUGACUAAGAACGCUGCCAAUUGCAUCUACAUAUGGGAGAUGCAGAAGAUGACUCUCCUCUGGAAGGAGGUGGACAGAAUGCCAAACAUCUGGUGCUUGGAGCUUUACGGUAAGCACGUCCGGAUGACAUGCCUGGGCAACCAUGGCCUGCUCAUGCUUUCAUUGAGGUCAAAGCGGAUGAACCGUCUGGUCAUGUGCAAUUUGGCUACAAAGGAGUGGCAGCGUGUGCCGGAGUGCUUGCACCCCCACGGUAAGAAGAGACAGACAAUAGCCUGUGGAACUGCACUUCAUCCAUUCCCAACUGCUCUUGCUUGAUGACCCUUUCUUGCCUUUGAAUAAGAUACGAACAUUGGCUUUGAAUAGAAUGGUGCCCUCAUAAAUCAAAGCUCCGAGUCGUGUAUGCCGUCUUUAUUGAAUCGUAGAACCAGUUUAUGUUGUCUUGCGAGAAAAACUAGGUGUUUCGAGUCCCACUUCAUUUUCUUUGAUAGUCCAUUUAAAGUGACUGCCUUAUCCAGCCACGAGUAAAGCUAUCCUGUUUCCUUGA